AUGGCGGCGGCCGGGGCGGCGGCGCUGCCGCUGCUGCUGCUCCUGCUCGGGGCGGCCGCGGGCUGCGGGUACCAGUCGUGCCCCCCGACGCGGCCGGACAUGCUGAACGUGCACCUGGUGCCGCACUCGCACGACGACGUGGGCUGGCUGAAGACGGUGGAUCAGUAUUACUACGGGGUGCGGAACCGGGACCAGCACGCGGGGGUGCAGUACAUCCUGGACUCGGUGGUGGCCCAGCUGGCCGCUGUCCCCUCGCGCCGCUUCGUCUACGCCGAGGUGGCGUUCCUGGCGCGCUGGUGGCAGCAGCAGGACGCGGCCACGCGGAGCCUGCUCACCGAGCUGGUGCAGGAGGGACGGCUGGAGCUGGUCGGGGGGGGCUGGUGCAUGAACGACGAGGCCGCGGCGCAUUACGGGGGGGUCCUGGAGCAGCUGGGCCUGGGCCGGCGCUUCCUGCGCCGCCUCUUCGGCCGCUGCGGCACUCCCCGCGUGGCCUGGCAGAUCGACCCCUUCGGGCACUCCCGGGAGAUGGCCGCCACCUUCGCACAGAUGGGGUACGACGGGCUGUUUUUGGGGCGCGUGGACCACCAGGACAAGCGGCAGCGGCUGCGGCGCCGGGAGCUGGAGCUGAUCUGGAGGGGCAGCGACAGCCUGGAGCCCCCCCGGGCUGACAUCUUCACUGGGAUCCUGCCCAACGUGUACAACCCCCCCGCGGGGCUGUGCUGGGACCAGCUCUGCAGUGACCCCCCCGUGGUGGACGGGGACGGCCCCGAGCGCAACGUGGACUCGGUGGUCACCUCCUUCCUGCAGGCGGCGGCCACGCAGGCCCAGCAGUACCGGACCCAGCACAUCCUGAUGACGAUGGGCUCCGACUUCCACUACGAGAACGCUCACCUGUGGUUCAAGAACCUGGACAAGCUGAUCGCCCACGCCAACGCCAGGGUGAGGGGCUGGCCCCAGAAUCUCUGUGUCACCCCGAAAUCAGUCAGUCCGGACAGCCGGGCUGUUCCCAUCCCCAGGCCCCUCAAGUCGGACGAUUUCUUCCCGUACUCGGACGGGCCCCACCAGUUCUGGGCUGGAUUCUUCAGCAGCCGCCCCGCGCUCAAGGGCUACGAGCGCCUCAGCAGCGGCUUCCUGCAGAUCUGCAGCCAGCUGGAAGCCCUGGCCGGGCCCUCGGUCCGGGAGGGUCCCUUCGGCCCUGGGGACAGCUCUGUGCUCCGCGAGGCCGUGGCCGUGGCCCAGCACCACGACGCGGUGGCCGGCACCGAGCGGCAGCACGUGGCCAACGACUACGCCCGGCAGCUGGCCAAGGGCUGGGACCGCUGCCAGGUGCUGGUGGCCAACGCUCUGUCCCUGCUGGGGGACACCAAGGGUCCCUUCGUGUUCUGCAACGCCCUCAACAUCAGCGUGUGCCCCCUCAGCGAGACCACCCCUCAGUUCUCGGUGAUCCUGUACAACCCCCUGGCCUGGGAUGUCACCUGGCCCGUGCGGCUCCCGGUCAGCGGCGCCGCCUACGCCGUCACCGACCCCGAGGGUCGGCCCGUGGCCAGCCAGGUGCUGCCGGUGUCGGCCGUGACCCGCUGGCUGCGGGGCGGUGCCGGGGGGGCUCCGGGGGAGCUCCUGUUCCAGGCCCGCGCUCCCCCCGUGGGCUUCAGCACCUUCCAGGUGACCCAGCUGAGCCCGGGGGACCCCCGGGACCCCCCCAGGUGGCCCUCGGGGGACCCCGAGCCACAGAUCGAGAACGAGCACCUGCGGGUCCUGUUUGACCCCUCCACGGGGCACCUGCGCGAGAUCCAGAACCUGGCCCAGGGCUUCUCGCUGCCCGUCUUCCAGAGCUUCUACUGGUACAACGCCAGCACCGGGGACUGGCAGAGCCCCCAGGCCUCGGGCGCCUACAUCUUCCGUCCCAACUCCUCCGCGCCCGUCCCCGUGGCCGAGCGCGCGGCCACGCGCCUCCUCAAGACGGCGCUGGUGCAGGAGCUGCACCAGAACUUCUCGGCGUGGUGCUCGCAGGUGCUGCGGCUGCGCCCGGGGCAGCCCUACCUGGAGCUGGAGUGGACCGUGGGGCCCGUCCCCGUCUGGGACGGGCUGGGCAAGGAGAUCAUCAGCCGCUUCCAGACCCCGCUGCGCACCAACGGCCGCUUCUACACCGACUCCAACGGGCGCCAGGUGCUGCAGCGCAGGCGUGACCACCGGCCCACCUGGAACCUGAGCCAGAGCGAGCCCGUGGCCGGGAAUUAUUACCCCGUGAACACCCGGAUCUUCAUCAAGGACCGGCAGGUGCAGCUGACGGUGCUCACCGAUCGCUCGCAGGGCGGCAGCAGCGUCAUGGACGGGUCCCUGGAGCUGAUGGUGCACCGGAGGCUCCUCCAGGACGACAACCGGGGGCUCGGGGAGCCGCUGGACGAGCCAGGUGAGGCCGGGCGGGGCCUGGUGGUGCGGGGCCGGCACCGGCUGCUGCUGGACACGCCCGCGGCCACCGGAGCGCACCGGCCGCUGGCCCAGGAGAUGGUGACACCCCCACACCUGGUGCUGGCACCCGGACAGGGGCCUCACCUGCGCCAGUUCUCGGGGCUGCGGCGGGCGCUGCCCCCCCGGCUGCAGCUGCUGUCGGUGGAGCCGCGCGGGGCCGGGACCCUCCUGCUGCGCCUGGAGCAGCUCCUGGAGCGCCACAACGGCUCCCGGCCGGUCAGCGUGGACGUGACGACCCUUUUCUCAGCCUUCACCAUCACCUCUCUGCGGGAGAUGGCCCUGGGGGGCGACAUCCCCCUGCACAGCGUGUCCCGCCUGCUCUGGAACACAGCCACAGGGACCCCCAAACCGCGGCGGGCGCCCCGGCUGGACCCGCGGCGCGUGCGGCUGGAGCCGAUGGAGAUCCGCACCUUCCUGGCCUCGGUGCGUUACGGGGGGUCCCCGGGGGGGCUGGGGGGGUCCCCAGGGGGUCUGGGGGCUUCCCGAGCCCACCCCCCACCCCCGCUGAAAGUUCAUUAA